AUGAGCGAGUUCGCUAACCAGGCUGCUCGACCUCCAGCCACACCUAUCUAUAUCCUCCGCGGACAUGCAGCCCCAAUCCAUGCGUUGCAUCUGUUCAACCAGAAUUUGCGGCUAAUCUCAGCCGACGCGAAUGGAUGGAUUGUUGUAUGGGAUUUGGUGAUGAAACGUCCAGUGGCCGCGUGGAAAGCGCACGAAGGGGCAGUUCUUGAAGUCAAGGGGUUUCCUUCUGCUGCGAGAGCAGAAACAGACGUAUAUACGCAUGUCUGCACUUACUUCCCAUUCAGCCGCCAGGACGAAGAAGUUCUUCAGAAAACUCUGCCCGUCGAUAUCGGUGAGGGAUCUCGGGCAAACACCGCCAGCCAGCCCUGGCUCGUGCAUUCUCUUCCUGUGAACGCGCUGAACUUUUGUGCAUUCUCGAUGCUCUUUCUAGAAGAGACCGCGUGUGCGGAAAACAGUCAAGGUGCCAAUGCGACGGAAGAAUCUGCAGAUGCGGCGCUCCAGGCCGCGCCCCGGUCGCCUGCGCUGAUAGCGGUUCCCAACGCCCUGAACUCAGGCGCUAUCGAUCUGUUCCACCUUCCACUCGAGAGGCGAGUGUGCACCAUUCCCGCAGAUACGACUACGGAAACUGGGAUGGUCAUGGCUGCUCAUCUGUUCGCGGGACCACUCGGGGACCUCUAUGUUGCAUCAGCAUACGAAGAUGGGCACGUCAUGCUUUUUGCCCGCAGAGGUCUUGUUAAAGAACGAGAUAUCUUACAGGGGACUACCGCUUCCUGGAAGUGGGAAAAGCUGUAUGCCUGUCGACCUCAUAGCCAACCAGUCUUGUCUAUCGACGUCUUUCCUCAGGGCAAUUAUUUCCUCUCCUCGUCUGCUGACGCGUUGCUGGUGAAGCAUCCUAUUCCCCGCUUGGGUGACCGAUCGACGAAUCGGCGGGAGGAGGCAGUGUUGAAGACGGUUAAUACUAAGCAUGCGGGCCAGCAAGGUAUCCGCAUCCGAUCUGAUGGGAAGAUCUUUGCGACGGCGGGUUGGGACAGUAGAAUCCGGGUUUACUCGUGCAAGACCAUGAAGGAACUCGCAGUGUUGAAAUGGCACCAGGAGGGAUGUUAUACAAUUGGUUUCGCGGACGUUGCUACAGCAGCAAAAUCGAAUGAUGCGCCUACGGGUGACUCAAGCGCCGGAGGAGUCGGAAACGAUUCGCACGACAGCCAUCAGCAAGUUACAACACGAGAGGAUGAAGCUUUUACACUCGCUGCUGUGCAGCAUCAGAGAAACAAAAAAGUGCAAACCACUCACUGGUUGGCUGCUGGGUCAAAAGAUGGUAAAAUUUCAUUGUGGGAUAUCUACUGA